AUGACCACAUCUGUCUUUCCUCAUCUUGUGCCGGACCGUUACCGCGAGCUAAUGAGGGUGGCUAGGCAGUGGCGGCAGCUCCAGCUGUUAAAAUGGAACAGCUUCGGCCAUGAGUCCAAAGAUAGGAAACCUGGAGAUCUUGCUCUCUUCUGUCCAGCAUGUCCCCAGCCAGGCAUCAAUGUGACAUUGCCCCCUGAAGAUGAGCAAGAGGAAACCAACUCUGAAUCUGAACUGCCAAAGCCCAGUUGGCUGUAUUCCAGAUCCCUGGUCAUGGAUGGCAAUUUCAAAGCGGAGCACCUGUAUGCGGCGAAUCCCAUGGAUGAAAUCUCCCUGAUGGAUGGUCGUGCCUUUAUGGUCGGCGAUGGCACCUACAAGGCUCCUUCUGCAAGGUGGUGA